CAGUGGUCAAGGUUGGUUGAGAAGGCGUCAGUGUGUUUAGUUUGUGCAGUCGAACCUGGAGCAGUGACAGAUGAAUUGUCGAAAAUAGAGGAAAAGGGAACGCGGGCGACUCUCCCGUGCACAAAAAAACAAACAUGUUUCCUAAAGGCAAAAGCUCCGUCGUGCCAUCGGAUGGUCAAGCUCGGGAAAAGUUAGCUUUGUAUGUUUAUGAGUAUUUGUUACACAUUGGUGCUCAGAAGUCAGCGCAGACUUUCCUGUCAGAAAUCAGAUGGGAAAAGAACAUCACGCUGGGAGACCCUCCUGGGUUCCUGCAUUCCUGGUGGUGUGUCUUUUGGGACCUCUACUGUGCAGCUCCUGAGAGGAGAGACACAUGCGAACAUUCAAGCGAGGCCAAGGCUUUCCAUGACUAUAGUGCCGCAGCAGCCCCCAGUCCUGUUCUUGGGAACAUGCCACCAGGAGAUGGCAUGCCAGGUGGACCCAUGCCCCCUGGAUUCUUCCAGGGCCCUCCCGGCUCCCAGGCCUCCCCUCACGCUCCUCCUCCCCCUAACAGCAUGAUGGGACCCCACGGCCAGCCUUUCAUGUCACCUCGCUUUGGUGGGGGACCACGACCCCCCAUCAGAAUGGGCAACCAGCCCCCAGGUGGAGUUCCAGCCGCCCAGCCAAUGCUCCCAAACAUGGAUCCCAGACUACAGGGGCCGAUGCAGAGGAUGAAUGUUCCUAGAGGAAUGGGUCCCAUGGGCCCUGGCCCCCAGAGUUUUGGAGGAGGGAUGAGACCACCACACAACUCAAUGGGCCCUGGCAUGCCAGGAGUGAACAUGGUCCCUGGAAAUGGCAGACCACCAUGGCCAAAUCCAAAUGCCAACAAUAUGCCAUAUUCAUCACCAUCUCCUGGUGCUUAUGGGGGUCCACAAGGAGGGGGGCCUCCAGGAACACCUGGAAUUGUCCCUAGUCCAGCAGACUCCAACAACUCCAGUGAAAACCUGUACACCAUGAUAAACUCAGGAGGUGGAGGUCGCAACAGUUUUCCUAUAGGCCCAGGCUCUGAGGGCCCCCUAGGAGCCAUGGCAGGAAUGGAUCCGAUGCAUAUGAACGGAGGUUCAGGAGACCUGGAUGGACUUCCAAAGAAUUCUCCUAACAACAUGAGUGGCAUGAGCAAUCCACCCGGGACCCCUAGAGAUGAAGAUGUAGGAGGCAGCUACCUUCACUCCUUCCAGAAUGAGAAUCAGUACUCUCCUUCCAUGACCAUGAGCGUCUGAUGCUAGUCUGUUUGCUCCGUUCUGGAAACUCACAGUUGGCCAUCGAUGACACAGACAGAGUACAUGUACAGGAAAUGGAAUUGGGUGGGACUGCCCUGCGUCCUCACAAGUGGUCUCAUGCAAUAUCAAAAUGAUUUUUGUUGUUUUUUUUGUUUUUUUUAAUGGCUAGCAAACCUUUUUUCCUCUCUAAGAUCGGAAGAUCUAAAUGUGACUCAGUGCUCCUGGAUUUUUAGUUUUCUUGUUCCCGUCAGAGGCCAUCUCUCAUUAAGAAGAAAAGUAUGGUUACUGCUGACAUAAUCGCUGGAUGUGUGUACAUUUUGUGCCGAAGAGGAAUAAUUGCAGUUCGCUCUCUCGAAAUCCGACAUCCACGUCCAACUUCAGCAUGGUUUACACGUACGAAACUUCCUCCGACUUUUUGACACUGAACUCUCAUACGUGGCCUUGAAUUCUGUGAAUAUUUUAUUGCCUUUCAAUGACCUGCUUUUAUUUUUCUCCAGUGAAACACAUCAAGUGGUGAGAGAAUUCGGUCUUUUCUGAGCGGGGAAAGACUCGCAGUUGUAUUUUACUUGUACACUGUCAUUUUUGUCUUCAAGCAUUAUAAGCAGCUGCUUUUAAGGAAUAACUGCAUUGACGGGUCCCAUCGUGAAGAUGACUUUUUUUUUGUUUUGUUUUCUGCACUGAUUUCAUGUUCUCUUUUUUUUUUUCUGAAAUUUAACUGCUGUCUCAAUCUUUGGUCGAAGACUGAAUGAUAUGCUGAUCCUCUCAGAUGCUGACCCUGACAAACAUACUACCUAUGAGACCUUCUCAGAGCUCCUCAGGCGGGUGACUGGAUUACGCGUCUGGAUGGGUCUCCCUGCAAAAUGUUCGGCCGUUGUUGGGUUUGAUUAUGUCAUGAUGAAUUUGUGAUGGUUAAAGAUACCCAUAUCAUGUUUUCUUUUUUUAUAUAUAUGUAAUUCCUCCCAUGUGCCUCUUGUUUUAGCUCUGAAAUGGUUUGAUGUUGGUUCAAAGGCGUCAUCCCAUAAGGAUGUUGCUUUUGUAAGCCAGACUCUAGUGUGUUUGGAUUUGUUUUGUAUUAGGUUUCAUUUGAGCGACAUCAGACAAAGUCAUACUACAGUUAGAAUGGUAACUUAUUCUAUUUAUACAGACACUUGGACAUUGUUUUACAUUUUAGUAGUUGUUUUGCACUGCUUUUGUUAGCUUGUGCAUCAUACUUUUAACUGUGGGCUGAAUAGGCUUGUUUAUAUAUUGACUACUAAAUUAUUUGGCUCCUUUGAGGAUUUUUGUCUUAUGUUUUUCAGUCAUUUAUACUAAUUCAAGCAGGAAAGCAGCGUUUCAGCCUACCUUCAGUUUCCAGCAAAUCGCUUUUUUAAGAGAAAAGGGAAAGCUCAAUGUGAAAUGAUUUUAACUUUGGAAAAUGAUGUAAAGCUGUUGAUGUUCCCCGACUUCUUUAGGGUAGCAUCUCUCCAGAGGGCCAAGAUCCAGCCAUUUGAUUUCCAUGUAAAUCAUUCUCUUUGAAUCAGUGAACCAGUUUCGAUGUAAGAUAAAGUUGUUCCCAAAUUGU